UCGCAACUCAGCUCGCUGCCAUGCAGCAGCAGUUUGGUGUUUUUCAGUUAGUGUUGGCUCAGUUAUUAGCCCGGAACAACCCUGGUGAUCCACUCAUCAACCUACUUAAUCCUGCUCCGCAGCCUCUAGCCCCACCACAAGAUCCUGACCCAGUUAAACAUGCUCCCCCUGUUAAUAGCUUAGAAAAGCUAGUGGUCGAACAGCGAGGCAUCCCACCUCCACACCCUGCUGCUGACUCCGUACCUCACCCUCUCAGCACCAAUAUUAUACUGGAACCCUACCCCGUUGGCUUCCGAAUACCACAGCUUGAAACUUAUGAUGGGACGAAGGACCCCGAUGAUCAUCUACAUGCUUUUUACUCUUGCAUGCAGGCUCAGAAUGCCUCUGACGCGUUGAUGUGCAAAAUCUUUCCCUCUACUCUCCGAGGUAAUGCUCGAACCUGGUACUACAGUCUGCCUCCGAGAUCAAUCAGCUCGUACACAGAACUGGCAUCUGCUUUUGCCACAAAGUUUUCCAGUAGAAGGUUGAUCAGGAAAACCACUUCUGAGCUGAUGCGGGUUAGGCAAAGGGACGGAGAGUCUUUGAAAAAUUUUAUGAGCAGAUUCAAUGAUGCAGUGCUAGAGGUUAACUCUUUCGACCAAGCAGUGGGCAUUACAGCUGUGAUCUCGGGUCUCGGCCAUGAAAGAUUCAGAGACAGUCUGCUUAAGCAUCCCGCCACCACCUUCAGUGAGGUAAACGAUAGAUCGUUGAAAUUCAUAACGGCUGAGGAAUACGCCCUGUCGCAACACCUAACUCCUAUUAAGAGCCAACACCCGGACUGGAGAGAUGAGAAUCUGAAUAGGAAACGGAUAAAGACAACACAGAACCGAGGUCCGAUGUCGACUUCCACCUCGAGAUUCGGAAGGCCGAACUCAGCACCUCCGCAACAACCUACAGGUAAACCUCCAGUUAAUUGGACUCCUUUUAAUUUGCCGAGGUCACAAAUUUUUAUGCAGAUUAAGAAUAAAAUGGACUUACGACGUUCGGGUCCAAUGAAAACUGCUGCUGCUGCCAGAGACCAUACUAGAUACUGUGAUUUUCAUCAGGAUCACGGUCAUACAACAGAGCAAUGUAAUAGUCUGAGGUCCGAACUGGAAAGUUUGGCACAGAAAGGAAUGUUGAAUGAACAAGGUGUGGGAUAUCAGCAAGCCCCACCCCCACUCCCACCACCAGCUAGAGUCAUACACAUGAUUACGGGAGGUCUGGAAGUUGGUGGACUGAGCUCUAAGCAGUGGAAGCUGUAUGUCAGAGAGGUUAGGCAUCAGAACCGCGCUCAGAAACGAAAAUUUGACGAUGCUGAGUGGAAGAAUCAACCCAUCACUUUCACGUCUGCUGAUCUUGAAACGGUUGUCACACCUCACAAUGAUCCUCUAGUCACUUCUGUCACAAUCAACAGUUGUGAGGUGCAGCGUGUCUUUGUUGACACCGGGAGUGCACCAGACAUCAUGUACUUCCAUUGUUUUGAGAGUCUUGGGAUAGAUCUAGCUCUGUUGCAGCGGUAUGAUGGUCCCAUCUACGGGUUCAACAACCAACCGGUUCCAGUUGAAGGAGUCCUCACCAUGAAUGUUGCCUUUAGAAGUGGCCGCAGUUAUGUGACCCCUUCAGUAAGGUUUUUAGUGGUCAAGAUGGCGUCCUCUUUCAACGCUGUCAUUGGCCGACCUACACUGACUGAGAUCUGAGCCGUGGUUUCCCAGUCUCAUCUAUGCAUGAAGUUCCCAACUCCUACGGGAAUAGCAACACUGCGAGGCAACCAGGAGGUAGCUCGGUAUUGGUAUAUCACCUCGGUAACACAACCUCAGAAGAGCAAGGCUCAGACACCCGAGAUUAAUCCCAAACA